AUGAGCUUCGUCGCGAGAUUCUUCAGCAAGGGGGACAAGGACGGAGUGGAGGUCACAACCCUCCAGCUCGACUCCCCCCACCAGCAGGACCCAUCUUGUGAGGGCGACGACGAAGACUACAUGACGCUUGCUGACGCCUACGUGGCUGACACAGUGGAGGAUGAUAGGCAUGCUGCGCAGCGCCUAUUGCGCUUUAAGACGCGCGAAGCCAAGCAAGUGCGGGCUAAGUGCGCGAAGGCUGGACUGUAA